AGUUAGUGGGUGGUGGUGGGGGGGGGAUUGUCGUCUGUAACCGGAUACCAUCUCUGGCUUGUGGGACGCAGAGACACGGGGACGAAGCAGUAUUGAGGCGGCGAGUCCGCAGUUCCGUGCGGAGAUGCUAAAUAUGUGGAAAGUCAGAGAGCUAGUGGACAAAGCCACCAAUGUGGUAAUGAACUACUCGGAGAUUGAGUCCAAGGUGAGAGAGGCCACAAAUGACGACCCCUGGGGACCCUCUGGACAGCUGAUGGGAGAGAUAGCCAAAUCCACCUUUAUGUAUGAGCAGUUCCCGGAGGUGAUGAACAUGCUGUGGACCAGAAUGUUGAAAGACAACAAGAAGAACUGGAGACGUGUCUACAAGGCAUUACUGCUCCUGGCCUAUCUGAUCAGGAACGGCUCUGAAAGAGUCGUCACCAGUGCCAGAGAACACAUCUACGACCUGCGAUCUCUAGAAAACUACCACUUCAUCGAUGAGAAUGGUAAGGACCAGGGCAUCAAUGUGCGUCAGAAGGUGAAGGAGAUGGUGGAGUUCAUCCAGGACGAUGACAGGCUGAGAGAGGAGAGGAAGAAAGCCAAGAAGAACAAAGAUAAAUACAUUGGAGUCUCAUCUGACAGUAUGGGCGGAGGAGGCGGGAGCUUUAAGAGCUCUAAUGAGUUGGAUCGGAGUAAAUGGGAUGAAGACUGGGACAAGAGCAAAGGAGCUUUCCCCUUCAGCGAGAAGCUCGGAGAGAUCAGUGAUAAGAUAGGCAGCACCAUCGACGACACGCUCAACAAGUUCAGAAAGAAGGAACGAGACGACUCACCAGACAGAAUCAGUGACAACGAGGAGGACCGAGCAUCAAGAAACGGCAGGCAGGACACCCUGGAGUUCAAAGAUGAGGAGGAAACCGUCACCACGAAGAGCAUCCAGAUCACGCAAGCAACAGAAACCACCACCACCACCACACGGAAACGCAGCGGAGGGACGAGCAACAAGACUCUGGACCUGGGCGCUGCAGCCCACUACACAGGAGACAGGAGCCCAGAGGAGAAGUCGUCGGUCAGGCAGUCUUCCAGUGGCGGUUUAGCUGACCUUCUAGUGAUUGACCCUUCAUCCAAUCAGACCUCGACAACGGGUGGCAGCUCAGACCUCAUUGGUGGCUUUGCUGACUUCUCCUCUCCUGCAGCCUCUGCCAGCCUCCCCACCUCCACUGCUGCUGCGUCACCCAGCGGUAAUGGAGAAUUCGGGGACUGGAACGCCUUCUCAGCUAAUCCUCCCGCUUCGUCCAGUUCUGCUCCUUCCCAGCCGGUCACAGACCUGUUUGGCAGCGUCCAGUCGCCCACAGCCUCAGCUUCUAAUGCCGCCACGGUCCCACCUUCCGCGGAGCUCUUUGACCUGAUGGGCGGAGUUAACCAUCAACUAAACAAUCCUCAUACAACGCUCAGUGCGUCUCAGAGCAUGACUUUCUCUCUUGGAGGGGUGACCCCAGGAGCACCUGCUGCUAUGCCCACCAUGACCCUUUCUCGCUCCCAGCAGAGUCUGGGAGGCAUGGCAUCUCAGCAGCCCAUAGGGCAGCAGCAGAAGGUCGGAGGUCAGGGGUCACUAGGGUCGACCUGGUCUGACCCCUCUGUCAACAUCAGCCUGGACUUCCUCUCCGCGGGUCUCAACCCCACUAAGACACCGCCCACUCUCAACAAUAUUAUCCAGCAGCAAGGAGUGCCUCCCGUCAAUCUGUUGGCCCAGAAUUUUGGAGGACUGACCCUCAGCUCUCCGCCCCAUGUAACACCGAUAAGACCCCCGGCCAAUCCCAUGAUGGCAGGCAAUGCCAUGACGAUGGGCAUGCCAGCAUCAAUGGCAACCGGCAUGACUUCUUCGCUGGCAGCGGGUAUGCCGCCUUCAAUGACCACGGGUUUACAGGGUGGAGUUCCUGUGAACCAAGGCAUGAUGGGAAUGAACAUGAGCAUGAAUAUGGGCAUGGCUGCUCCAGUGAUGAUGGGCGGUAUGGCUGGCAUGGGCGUUCCAGGAGUAGGGAUGGGCCUAGCGCACUCCAUCACCCCAACCGCGGUCCCACCCAAACAAGAUGCCUUCGCUAACUUUGGCAACUUUGGGAAAUGAAGGUUUGACGAUGUCUGUGUGCGUUUGUGUGCUAGAGAGCGCGAGUGCAUGUCUGAUAUUAUGGGAGUAUGACCCACAGAAGAACUGGUGUACUUGAAGACAACCUUGCAUGUUUCUCUCUCUGCAUCUGCUCUCGUUGGUGAGGUAGCACCGGUGAUCGUUCACCUUCGUAAUCUAAUGACAGGAUCUCGGAGGUGGGCGAACGUGCUCACUGAUGCCCCUUCUCCAACGGUAGUUGUAUGUGUGAAAGUGUACCACACUGAGGACACCUGAGGGGCAGGGAGGGUGUCAACACACAGCCUCUAGUCAUUACUUCCAUAUGGGGAAAAUCCCUCAUCUUUACAUGUUUUAUAUAUGAACUACAGUAUAUUGCCCUUCAUUAUACAAUCACUACAGAUAAUUCAACAGUAUAGUGGUCUCAAAUAAAAUAGCCAUUCCACCAUUGCCAGUGACUAUUACUUUCUCCAUACUAUAGUCCUCCACUAGAGGGCAGAAUGAGCAUACGUGUUGAGACAACACUGGCUUGUCUUCUUAUUCCUGAGCCAUAUAAGAGUGGACUACUGAUUUUCUUUUUCUUCUGAGUUUGGCUUCUCUGCAUUGUAUCAGGCUUGCAGUAGUUCACAACAGAUGGACAGUACAUUAUUUUGUCCAUGUGUAAAAGGCAAUGUGAAUAAAUGCACCUAAAAGUUAUACAUGCUCACUACUCUACGUGUUAGAUGCCUUUGCCAGUCUGAUUAAAGGGUCAGUCAGUGUAUUAUCCAGAGAACUGUUUGUUCAUUGAUGUUUUCUGACUGCUGACCCACCCACCCAGGCCUAACUCUUGCAAACACACUCUGGUAAAUUAGGUACAUGUUUACAGCAGCGACAAAGCAGAAUUUUUAGCACAACCUAGCAGUGUCUCGUUAAUAAUAUGUAUUUUUGCCAGCAAACAUUUUUCACCCUGUAGCUCACUUGGCAGCGAUUAGGUACAAGACUUGCAUACCUGCACCGCAUGUACCAUGUUUUAGAAAAUAACCUCCCCGUGGAUGCAUUUCAUUAGCUGAAUCAUUUCGCACACGAGUGCUAUGGCUAGCUGAGACCAGUUCAGAGGGUUUUGGGUGGAUUUGAGUGAAGUUGGUGUGAGAAAUGCGUGAGUGAAUGCGUGACUUUAUGUAUAGUUUUCUCUGUUUGAUGUGCAAACACAGCUAAGCAGAGCCUCUUGUCAUUUUCUGGGGCACUGCACGACAAAUGACCAAAUCUUUAUUUUGUUACUCUCAGAAGGAUAAUUCCAUAGUUUAGUUAAAUAUUUUAUUAGUUUACUCGUAAGGUUACGUUCAUACGGGAGAGCUACUGCUAACGUAAUUUAGUUGACUUGAAUCAGGAUUUUAGUUUUGUUGUUUUGUUUUAUUUCCGAGUACAGAUCAUUUGAUUUGAUUGUACUCUAUAUUUUCUGUACUUCAUUCGACAUUAAAUUAAAUUAUAACAUUAAA